AUGAGAACCAACGAGCGAGGUGAAAAGAUUGCCUGUGCCAAGUGCCGCGUGGGGCACCGAACAGGCACAUGCGUUGACAAGACGGGCCACCAAGAUGCCGUGCGGGUGGUUAAGCCUCGUGGUCGUCCAAUCGGGGCCAAGACGGACCCGGUCAGGGCAGCUCAGAACCGGGACAAGAGGAGAUCCCCGACGAAAGUGGAGCUGGGGAAACAAGGUGCAGCCGAUCUUCAACCCCAUGGGCACACCUCUUGUCCUAAAUGCGGCGCAGCCACUGGUCCUGUGCAGGGUAGGUUUGCUGCUGGGUACCAGCAGCUCCCUGUCGCCGGGUACCAGAACCCACGGAGCUUUGUGAACCCCCCUGCUCUUGUCCCUUCUCCUGCCCAGGCUUCUGGUUCCCUUCCUGAUCCCCUUUAUGCUGGCUUACCUGCGCCUGUCCGGCAUCCCUUGGGGCAGCCAGCCCAUCCUGGCAUGCGUUUUGGUCCUGCCCCUGUUCGUCCCGCCGUCCCUGCUCCCAAUUUUGCCUCCUCUGCCACAGUUUCCCAACCUGUCGUGGCCAACCAGUUCGGUACUAUGCCACAGAACGUUCUGGUCAACAGCUCGUUCAUGUCGUUUCCUCAAGUUGACAUGGCGGCCCAGGUUCCGCAAGGAGGCAACAUGACGAUCCCAAACCCCCCGGGAGAUCUCAUGGGAGCUGGGAAUAUUGCCCCUCCUGUGCCCUCUGUUGACUCUGCCCCCUUUGUCCCAACCCCCAGCCUCUCUUCCUCCAACGAAGAGGCUCCGGGGGCUGUUCCUUGGGACGAGGGGCUCUCCCCCGAGCAGCCUGUUCAGCCUACUCCAGAGGCCAACAGUGAUGCCCAGUCUCCCGACCCUCCGAGUUCCUCUAAGCCGUUUAGCUAUCUUGAUCACAUGCUACCGGAUGGCUCUUUCCCUGAGGAGCACGCGGCACUAGGGACUCUGGCUGAUCAGGGGGCAUCAGCGUUAUCUGGCCAAGAUCCUUUGGUUGAUGUCAGCCUCCCAGAAGCCAACCCCUUUAUGGGUGCAGACCUGUAUGACCCUGAAGAAGAGUCUGAUUGUCCUGUACAAGCGUCUGGUGACUUCCCCCAGUUUUCCUUUACCUUGACGUGA